AUGGAAUCAUUCAAGUCAUUUGAGUAUAAGUUUCAAUACCGAAUUGCGGGUCAUAGUGGUGAAUCUCAUAGUAUGGAGUUUGUUAAGGAGGGAAGAUAUCCACAUAAUGAAAAAGAAACGUUCAAAGUUUUGAGGCAGAUGUAUAUACAUUCGCAAUUUUGCCUCAGUGGCGAUAAUACGUUGAAUGCUGCCGCCCAUGCAAUAAAGGACAUUACAAAGGAAGAGGCUGAUGAUUAUUUUGUUGUGGUGUUGUCCGAUGCCAAUAUUUCGCAAUAUCACAUUAAUCCCGAGGACAUUGCAAAAGGUAUUAAAAGAUUAUGUUACAUUAUCACCGUUCAAUACUGA